ACUUUCGCUCUCGGUCGAGGUCUCCUCUGCACACUUGCUGGUACCGUGCCGACAGAGACUGAGGGAUGGAGAAUCUCUUUAGGACCAUCGAACACAACCCCCAGCCACAGAAGGCACAAAUUACAGGUAGCUUUCCAGAAUGGGUAGAAGGUCAGUUAUUUCGACUUGGACCAGCAAAAUGGGAUUUGGAUGACGGUUUUUCAAUGAAUCAUUGGCUGGAUGGAUGUGCCUUGAUGUACAAAUUCACCAUCAAAAAGGGUCAUGUGGACGUUAUGUCUCGGUUCCUGGACACCGUCGCCUUCCAGAAACUCACCCAAGUCAAAAGGCCCGUUUAUACAGAAUUUGGAACUAAGUCAUUCCCAGAUCCUUGCAAAAACGUGUUCUCUAGGUACUUUUCGCAACUGGUUCCUUUGGAGUUGACUGACAACGUCAUUGGAAACGUAUAUACAGUAGAUGACGAACUUUACGCCAGUUCAGAAACAAGUCUGCUGUGGAAAAUAAACCAAAAAGAUCUGAAGUGUGUGAAGAGGACCGAUUUGAAGGAGAUUUUGUCGGUAAAUCUGGCCAGUUCUCACCCUCAUAAAUGCUUAGAUGGUGCUAUUUACAAUCUGGGAGCAAGUUUUAUGUCUGGUCUAAAGUAUCAUAUUAUGAAGCUUCCUCCAUCUCAAGAAAUUAGUCAAGAUGGCAAAGUAGGCUUUGAACGUUCCUCCAUUUUGACAACAAUAAGCUCGAAUCACAAAACCAGCUUCAGUUACUAUCAUAGCUUUGGCCUCACCGAACACUACGUACUGUUCUUAGAACAGCCACUUCUAGUCAAUACUGUGCGGAUGGCAGCUUCUGGCAUUAAAGGGUAUUCCCUCAAAGAAUGCUUUGACUGGUGUCCGAAGGAAAAGACGCGUUUUCAUCUGAUUGACAGAGUAUCAGGCCAGGAGUUGAAAGUCAAGUUCCAAUCGGAGGCUUUCUUUUUCUUCCAUCACGUCAACACUUACGAAGAUGAUGGCCACAUAGUAGCAGACAUCAUGGCAUUUCCAGGACCGGAAGUCAUGGAUAAAUUCUACCUCAACAAGCUAAGACUAGGGCAGUUUGACACCACAUGCCAACCCGUCCUAACACGCUAUGUGCUUCCACUGAAAACUGAUGGUAAAAAAGGCACUAACUUAGUGACUUUAAAGAAUACUCGUGCUACUGCUGUAAAACAAGACAAUGGAGUAGUUAUCUUAGAGGGAGAAACAAUAGGAGACCAAGGUUACGAAAUGCCAACAAUCAAUUACUCUAUGUUCAACACCAGGAAGUACAGAUAUGUUUAUGGAAGUGGAGUAUUUGAAACGGGGAAAUACAAAAACUCGCUUAUUAAACUGGACAACAUUACUGGAGAUAUGAUUGUCUGGAAGGAGAAGGAAACUAUGUACCCCGGAGAACUAAUAUACGUGCCACGUCCUGGGUCUACCGAAGAAGAUGACGGGGUUUUGUUGUGUGUCGUCCUAGAUGUUGAACCAGAUUCUCCUGAUUUUCUUAUGGUCUUGGAUGCAAAAACCUUCAAAGAACUUGGUCGUGCCGUUGUGCCUAAUAGCAUUCAACUUCCACCCACUGUCCAUGGAUGCUUUCUUUUCGACAAAUAGUCACCCAUUGUCUUUAAAUAGUUCCGUGUUUAUGUUUGUACAGUUUGUGUUUCAGUUCAGAUCUAAAAUAUUUUUCAAACUUUUUCUCAAAUUGUCUUUUAAAGAAUGUCUUCUAUUUGUAAAUAUAUUCCUGCCAUUCACAAUAGUUUUUUAAACAUAGUUAAAAACUUUUACAAAAUACUCUUUUUAAGAAAUAAAUGUUAUUCUUAAUUUUCAUUUAAUGAUAUUUUUCAAAAUAUUACAGAAUUUUUAUUGUACAGUGUGUAAAUAUGAAAUAUUGUGUCUUUGUUUUACUAUUUAUACGUAUUAUGUCUAAAUAUUAAUAAA